CACAAUUACCUCAAAGAGCAACAAAAAACAACUAGACAACAUUUAAAAUGUUCAAAUGCAAAAUUACCACCAAUAUAAAACUACAGAACAGCGCAUUGUGACUACAAAGAGACACAAAACAACAGCAGUGGAUCUUUUUGCACCCAGGCCCCCAUUGUCUCAUAAUGCACCCAUACACUACAGAGAGGGCUCCAUUAUGAAAAUAUGAAGGAGAACAUGCUUUGACUUUAUUUAUUUGAGGAUCAUAUAUGUUUGUUGAGUGUGAGCUUUUAUAACUAGACCUGACAUGUUAUGGUUUCAUGGACUGUCAUAUGUGUUUAUGAUAAGCCUCAUAAGGAGUCACUAUCUGUCUUUACAUCACAGAUAACUUAUCUAUUGUGACCCUCACUUUGUCCACAGCUCGUGGUGAGUGGCUCUAAUUAAACAAGGCUGUUAAUUGUGUCUCCGCUCUGAGACACCGCAGGCUGCAGAGGAGCAGCAGCACCGCGGGGCCGGCUGCUCUCCUCCGCCUCCAUCCACCCUCAGAUGUUAGUUGGAGGCUGUUAUGUUCGCCUGUGUGAGCCUCCUUCUCCACCGUUUCUUUUGUGCUCCUUUUCGAACGCCUCGCGGGGCUGCCGCUCGGCCGCGCGCACGCACGCGAGUCUGCAGAAUCCAUGCAGCUCCUCCUCGAGGGGGUCGCGGUGACUGAGAGCCCCCACCCCCUCGUCUCUCUCUGCCUCCCCCCCGGCUCCUCCUGCGCCCGCCCCGGCACCGAUUGUUGACAAAAGACGCUGCGAGACGGAGCUCGGAUCCCGGAGCCCGGUACUGGUGAGGAGAUCCGCCCGUUAACUUGCUUUGCUGAGCAGUUAGAGGAGGAGAGGGUCGGGAGGAGUGUAGAGGGGGCACGAGGUUUCUUCCGUUCAUAGAAAACCGUGAGUCACAACGGGCUGCUUUGUGUCCGUAGCGGAUCGCAUGUAGCCAAACGUUAGCCGUAGUAACACUGCGGGGUCGGUCCUCCUCCUCCUCCUCCUCCUCUCCACCUCCGUGUGAUCCGGUAUCAUAUGAUGCUCAUUUCUGUCUGUAGCCCGGGGCACAUUAUGACAGCUCUCCGUCUCUCUUUGUGUCUUUGUGUGUCCCCUCUCCGGAAGGUGUGGCCGAGGUGAUUCGGUUGUCGGUGGUGAUCGGACCGCAGCAGGCCGGUGUGAAGUGGACGCCCCCCCUCCUUCCUCCACCUCCUCCUCCUGCUCCUCCUCGCGAUUGGUAUUUACCGACAAAACCAGCGGCCAAGAUGGGUCACUUGGUGUGAGAGGAAGGAGCAGAGCAGCGCUACAGGAGGAGGCGGCGGCCUUGGGCAGGUCUGUUCAGCCGGGAAUGGUGUGAGCUGAGGCAGCCAGGCAGUCUGGAUCUGACCGGGGACCCGUCAUUCCCCCGGAGCCUCCGCGGCUCCAAGCCGCGUCCUGAGCCCUCCAAGAUGGGGAAGUGCGACGGAAGAUGCACGCUGCUAGUGAUAUGUUCGCUGCAGUUGGUGGCAGCCCUUCAGAGGCAGGUGUUUGAUUUCCUGGGGUACCAAUGGGCUCCCAUCCUGGCCAACUUUCUGCACAUCAUGGCCGUUAUCCUGGGCAUGUUUGGCACCGUGCAGUUUCGCUUCAGAUACCUUAUCUUUUAUGCAGUAUGGCUGGUCCUCUGGGUGGGAUGGAACUCCUUCAUUAUCUGUUUCUACCUGGAGGUUGGCAACCUGUCUCACGACAGAGACUUUCUCAUGACAUUCAACACAUCCCUUCAUCGCUCGUGGUGGAUGGAGCAUGGUCCCGGUUGCCUGGUAACACCAGUGCUAGACUCCCGCAUGGCCCCUGACGACCACCAUGUCAUCACUGUCUCCGGGUGUCUCCUUGACUACCAGUACAUAGAGGUGUUGAGUUCGGCCAUUCAGAUCCUACUGGCUCUCUUUGGCUUUGUGUACGCCUGCUACGUGAGCAAAGUCUUCCAGGAUGACGAGGACAGCUUUGAUUUCAUUGGUGGCUUUGACUCGUACGGCUACCAGCCUCCUCAGAAGUCCUCCCAUCUGCAGCUGCAGCCUCUUUACACGGCUGGUUAACUGUUGGUAGCGCCCCCUUCAGGCCAAACCCUGACGGUGUCACUGUGGAUGGAAAGCAGUGGUUGCCUAGACUACACUCACUCUGUGUGUCACAGUUUACCGGAGGAAUGGACUUACCCCACCCAGAGGGAGAGACGUCUGUGCGUGUGUGCAUGUGUGCUUGUGUCUGAGAGAGAGAAAUACAGCCCUGAAUAGAAUGUACAGAGCUCAGGGAAGAGCCAGCAUGCCAGGUGGUGUGAUGAGAUGAAGGAGGAUGAGGAAGAGGAGGCAGGGGAGAAGAGCUGCAGAGAACAAGAGCUGGGGACACCUCUGUCAAAUCACCGGAGACGCACUUCACUAAACUGCCAGCUCUCAACACUCCUACAAGUGUGUGUAUGUGUGUGUGUGAUUGUGUAACUCCACAGGACUAGCUGGUGCUUUGUGGUUGCACCCUGGACUCUUACCACUCGGUGUCCCUGUGAUUUUUCUUUUUUUUUUUUUUGGGUGCUUGUGUGUGUGUGGGGGGUGGGGAUCGGGGAUGUGGGUGGGGUCACAUAAUAAAAAGAGGCACGGCUCGUACCUGUUGUCGUUUUAGAAUGUGGUGAUGUCGAACUAGAGCAGUCUUAUGAUUCCCACUCCCAAAGCCAUCUUUCCUUCCUCCCAUGCCGUUAAAACCACUGGGGACUUUCAAGGUUUUUACAGUACAGAGCUGACCUGCUGAGGCAGUAACACAGAGCUGGUGGAGCAGAAAGGAUGGACUGCUUUAAGGAAUGCUUCACCCACAGAAUGAUCAUUUGUAUACCAGUUACUCACCCAGUGUUGGGUUGAAUUUCUUUCAUGUGUCCAGGGUAAACAAAGAAUCCAAAAAACUGAGGAAAUUCUUGAUGAAGUGGAAUAAAAGGGGGCUGCGUUUAUCUACAGCAAAACUAUAUCAACACAUCCUUUUACAAACUCUCACACAACUCAUGCAGUAUAUUCCAAGUCUCAUUUAUCUAGUCAUAUGCUCAGUACUUCCUAAACACAAGCAUUUUCAAUAAAAAUCUUACGCAUAAACGGUCUCACACACCGACAAGUAGCACGCCUGGGCAAAUCAGUCUCAAUGAAAUGCACGAGCAGAGUUAAAACGCACACGCUUGCCAAGGUGUGCUACUCAUUCAGCUCCCAUUUGAUCAAGUUCAUCAAAAAUUUGCGCAAUUUUUUUAUUCUUCAUUCAUCGUGGAGGCAUGCCAGAAAAAGAGAAGCCCAUUGUACACUGCCUCUUUAAGGUGGGAAUUUCAAGUUGUUACGCCACCUCGCUCUUCUGUAUAAAAGGUACAGUGGUGAUAUGGGGGUACAGAGUCGGCAGCGGAGGUAGUAACAGUGCUGAAAGGACGUCUGUAUAAAAGGGACAGCCAGCAGGACGGGACCAUAGCUUGAACAAGUGUAAGGUUUUGAUGACGUGUAAUGCGUGUGCAGGAGAUUUAAAAAGCAGCUAGCUGCAGUUAGCAGCUACCUCAAAAAAGAACAGCGGCAGAAAGUCUCUGCAAAUUCGGAAAACAAUGAGGUCCAGGAGCUCCUUACCCUCCGAGCAGAGGAUGAGCUCAGCUGCCAUAUAACAGGGACAGUAACUGAUAGUUAUUGCCAUGUUAUGCCACUGUUAUUGUUUAUUAAGCACUAGCGACACGUGUUAUACGUCACUAGAGACUGACACUGAUGUGCUAGAAGUCACGCCCAUUAUACCUGUCUUGCGAUGCUGGCGUGCUGUUUAAAAUCACACUGGAGCAUCAUGAUGUUGUCGUUAUUUGAUUCUGUGUAAAAAUACAAAGGCGGCAUUAAGAAGGGACUUCAUAGCGACCCUGUAGUGCGAUCUUUCCAUGGUGUAACUGAUAUAUAAAUGAUCAUUUUGUGGGUGAAGUAUUCCUUUAAGGGAUCAGGCUGGCAAUAUUUUUUACAUUGUACUGUUGACUAAAACCUACAAUGGGUUCAUCUGUCUUGUAUUACUUAACAACUUCCCCAGCUUGCUUGUGUCUCCGGCCACAGCCCAUUCAUUCCUGGAGGCAUAAAUCUUAAAAAAACAAACACAAACAAACAUUAAGAGUCACAGACAUAAUGUAUGCCAUAUUUAAAAAAGGCUAAAAACAGCUGGGCACUGUAGAUUAUAGCAAAUGUCACUGAACAGCAGUAAAUAGCUGCAGUAGCGAGUAUUUACAGCAGUAGGACGGUGUACAUAGACUCCUCUCAAAAUAACUACAGUGGCCAGCUUUAUCAGAAUAAAGGAACACUGAUGUUUUUUUAACAGUCUGGGCAACAUUGGAUUUCGCAGAGGAAAAAACAUGUUAGGAGUGAUUCAUUGUUGGUUUUGGUCUUUUAAUAUAUAUAUAGAAUAUUGCCAAACUUAUCCUUUGAAGUUCUCAGUAAAUGUCCAUCGACAGGAUGUUGUGUUUUCAGGAGAAUAAAUUCAGCCUUCUGUACAUGUAAUGCUGUUUAUUAGGGAUGCAGAUGGCUUUGGGAUCAGGCAUUAGUGUGUCUAUGGGGGAGGGGUGGGGGGUCAGUGGGGAUACUGUGCAUGUAAAUAACCAGCCAAUGAUUGUUUUGUUGGUUCCAUUUAGAAAAGGGGGGUUGCAGUAGGGGGUGGGAAGGGUUUGGGGGAAAAAGGGUACACAUCAAAGUUUUUCUUCAUACCUGUUUCUCUUGUUCUCUCUUUUUGGAUAUCGUCAUGCUGCCCUCCUUUAACCCAUCCGCAGCUAAUUCUCCUUAUCAUCCUUCUCAAUGACUACAUUCCCCUCCACAGCACAACCGCUGAUUUACACCGGAGCAUGGCGAUAAAGGAGACCUGAGGUGAAAAUGUGUCAUGAUCGGUAGUUUUUGUAGAUACAAGUGAAGACAUAAAGAGGGAAGAAAGGAGACAGAUAUGAGGUAAAGACCUUAUUGGGUGUAAGGUGAAGUUUGAAAUAAUAAAAAUACACUUUCUACAUUAAA